UUCUUUUUGUGUUUUUGUAGAUGUGUUGUUCUGCUGCUCGGCGCCCUCGCUGCUGUUUCCCUCGCAGCACCGCUCCAAACAAGUGCACCAGAAGAUGACAGAAUUGCAGCUCUGGUGAAACACCUGAAUGAGGAAGCUACAGAUAAACCUAUGACCUCACAGCCAGACUCUGAUGAGACAACUGAGAUCCCAGUUGAGUCAGAUGAAGCUGAUUCAGAUGCUUCCAUGACUGAAGCUCCAGAAUCUUCUGAGGUCUCUGAGAUUUCAGUGGAGAAAGAAGAAAGUGAUGCAGAUUCUUCUGUGGCUGAAAGUGAUGAAAGCAAMGACACUUCUGAGAAAACUACAGAUUCUGCUGAAUCAGACGAAAAAACAGAUUCACCUUUUCAGCCCAGUUCAGAGGAGGCUGAUGGGACAUCUUUCMWGAUGAAGAGCUCUGACGAUGACGACUCUUCCAGUAAAACUGUUUCAGAAUCAUCUGAGGAACUAACUGCUUCAGACGAGGACAGCGACCCGAAGGACGACUCCCAGGUUGUUGCUGAUAACCCUGAAAUUUCUGAGGAGAAAUCUGCAGAUUUGUUUGAAGAGCUCGAAGGCGACGUGUCGGAGGAAAACUCAGAAACUACUUCUAAACCCAAAAGUGGCGAAAUAUCAGAGGAUGAAAUUCAAAACAAAGACAUCAAGUCUGACGAAAAAGCUGAAGUUAAUUUUGAAGUGAGCAACGUUCAGAUGCCAGAGGACAGCACUGGUGCUGCUUCUGAUCCGAUCACAGCGUCAGACGAGGACAGUGAAGAAACUGACAGCGCUGAAAAAAUUGAAGACGUAAAUGAUGAUUCGGCCCCUGAAACUGAUCCAACCUCCGAUGUGGAAAAGGACGAGUUUGAAGAAGAGCUUAAUGGUGAAGUGGGCGGUGAAACCACUGAUUCUAAAGAUGAGGAUGAACUGAGUGACGACGCUGAUCUGACUGACAGUGACACUCCAGUUGAUGACGACAAGAAGGAAUCAGACAAAGUCACUGACAAAGAUCUGGGCACUGACAGCUUAGCUCAUGAGGAUGAGGAGGAGGCUGCAGACGUCACAUCGAAUGAGGAAGAUGCACUGAAAGACGACGGCAUCAACAAGAAAGAGGUCGCAGAGGUCGCCCAGGCGCUAGARGAGGAGAAGGACCAAGACGACGGCGCGACCUCAGAAACCAAGGAUGAAGAUCAAACCGACAGCAAAGUUCUGAGCGACGAUGAAACUGAGACGAACCAAACCAACAGCAAGGCGGAGAAAGACGAAGACGAGCUGGACAUGCUCGAAGAAGAGAUGUUUGAAGACGACUCACCGACUCAGGAGCCGGACGACCUGGCUCUAGACACGCCCGACUCCACCGAAGCACAACCUUCUGACAUGGACCGACUUGAUGACUCCACUCCUGCAGCAGCUGGGAACCAGACGCCCAGUCUCUGAAGCGUGGAAGCUCUCUGAAGCCAGAACGCCGCUGUCUCCGGUGUCUCCAUGGUGAUUUACUGCUGCCAUGACAACAACAAACUAACCUGCAACUAAACUCAGCCGUCUCUCUGUUUUGUGUCUUUUUGAUUUGAGGCUGCUUUUGUUUUUCAUGAAGCGAUGUUAGAGAAUAUCUUCUUUCCGCUCUUUCUCCUCCUUGCUCUUCUCUGGGGUUUCUUUUAAUUUUAGCUCAUUUUCUCACCUGUCUGCAAAAAUAUUAUCCCAGCUGCUGAUCUUAGAUCUGCUCUGUGGGUCUGAUUUCACACAUUGAUGUGUACAUACAGUCCAUCGUUUACUUUACAAACAUUAAUGAUUAUUUUUUACAAGAAAUUGACGAAUGUCAAGUCCUUCACUGUACACAGAAAUUGGCUAAUAAAGUGUGAACUGUCAGAAACUG